AUGUCUCGCCUGAUAAAAAGUGACCUUAGGAUGGGUGCAUUUCUAAGAAUGACGGGACAAAGGCUAACCACUUCCCUAAAAAAAUUAGAGUGGAUAGAUGCAAAGUGCACCUUGGCCGCUACAUCAAUGCAGGAUUCUCCGCUUCAGCUCAUAAGGCCAGGUCAACUCAGCAGUGGCGGGAAGGAACAUUCCAAAGUUCAUCUUUGCCUCGGAUUGGCCCUCAGGAAGCCCUGGUCUCAAUCCACCAGAUUAUCGGCUUUGGUGCGAACUGGAGAGGAUGGCAUGCCACAGAGCACACCCCAAUUUGGAAAGCCUCAAGCAAUCUCUGGUCCGAGCAGUUGA